AUGUCUAACCCACUGGGCGAGCAAUCAAAUGAGAUUAGCUUCGAAGACAGACGACAAGCACAGCAGCAGCAGCAAGAGGAAACGGAAAAAGGCGCACUAGGACAACAGCAACAACUGCAGCAAAGGUAUCACCACCAACAUCAGGAAGAAGAAGAAGAAGAAGUAGCACUUGAGGGUGGUGAUUCAAGCGCAGAGAACAUCAGCAGCAAGAACCUAAUCAGUGAGGAGCGCAUAUUCGGCAGUCAGUUCACCUAUCGAGACUACCUGUUUGACGGCAACUCCAAUUCGACGAUCAGCGCCGCCGAGCUGCAGCCAGGACCGAGCAGUGGAGCAGCAAACAUCCACACCGGCAGUCUGCCCAGUGAACACCAGCACCACCACCAGGUGACGAGUGACAGUGGAGGCGGUGUGGACGUCGGCACUCAUAUGCCCUCAGCACUUCUGCCUGACACCAGCACCGAAUCAGCCAAUCCCUCCCUUCUCUCCCUCUCCGUCAACACUUCUAUUCUCGACUUUGGUCUUCAGCACCAGCAUCCAGAGCAGCAUCAGCAGCAACAACAGCAGAUUUUGCCAUCGUUUUCCUCGCAGGAAAGCCAGCACCCAAUAGGAGGGGCGGUCGACGGCAGUGUCUUCAUUUUACCGUCAGCAAACAGCAGCAGCAGCGUCGGCGGCGGUGGCACCCUCGUAGACGUGAGCAGUGACAGCAGUCUGCCGACUAAUGAGUACAUGCUUUUUGGCUCCUCAAUGCUCGACACGACGACGACGACCACUCUGUCUGCGAUGCAAGAAACGUCCGGUGCGCCGACGACAACCACGACCAAGGUGGUUGACUACUUCUCCACUCCUGCGCCACUGCAGUCAGCCCUGCCACAAGAAUCGUCGAAUGUGGACUCAUUGACGCAACAACAGCUCAAUCAGCAGCUUGAGACGCAACACCAUGUACAAAGCCAACAGCAACAACAGGAAAACGCACCUAACUUUGGGCACUUUCGAUUGAACGGCAACGGUGCUGCCCAGCACAAUACCGUUGUUCACUCUGGUGAGGUAGUUCAAGUGCCUAAUGACACCAACAACAAUCCAAUCAGUGAAGAGCUGAAGGACAACAUAGGCGGUCUUCUACUGAAUGAAAGACCACCACAGAACAUCAUCAACAGCAACAGCAGCAACGCCAAUUCAGUGCCUACCACUUCGUGCAAUAUGGACAAUCAGGUGUCCUCAGGUGGACACAGUUCCACUGUCCAGCAGUACAUGACAUCUACAAAUGCCGGACAGAUGAUGAAUACCACCAACUCGAGCAGUGUGAUGGCUGGCAGCAAUGGCAACGGUGGUCCUGGUCAGACGAUGAUGUCAGGCCAGGAACUGGCCGCACAGCAACAGCAGCACAAUCCCCAGUUAGUUCCUUCCUCGGGGUCAAAUGAAGGGCAAUCUAAUGUACUGGAAAUGACGCUUCCGAGCAAUUACCCUUGUUACUCAGAUGAAGCGCAAAUGCAACAGCAGCAUGCUUUCAGCGGCAGCAACAUCGAAGCGGCAAUGACUAACCAGCAACAGCAACAACAGCAUCAGCAGCAAUCAGGCGGCCAAGUGGAUAGUCAGAUGGUUUCCAAUGACCCAAGCAGUCUCUACCACUCUCAUCAUCUCCCGCCUUUGCAACAGCAACAGCCACAGCAGCAGCCAUCCACGCCAACGUCUGGCCGAGCACAGGCACAACAUUCGACAGCCCAACAGCACCAUCGACCAAUUGCUAACCAGCAAAUAAAUCUAAAUCACGGACAAACGAUGCCUCUUCAGCAACAACAACAACAACAGCCACAGCAGCAGCAGCCACAUCAUUCUCAGCACCACUCCAUGGUGGCCAAUGCGCCAGCUACGCCUUCACUGGAUCAGUAUGGUCAGUCUCAGUUGAUGUCAACUUCUUCAUCGUCAAUGGACGACAUGAGCAGCUCUAGUGCACCUCUUCAACAGCAGCAACAACAACAGCUAUCGUCUCAAAGCUCAAAUACAGUCUCUGUCGAUACGAUGACAUCUACCCCACAGUCUACUUCGGUUUCGACCAGUUCUGAAAUCAAGCCAGACUUGGGCAGCUACCAGAGCACCUCAGCAGAGACGUACAUGCUGCAGUCAUCUACAGACGGUGGCCCACAGAGUGCUCAGUCGUACCUUCACCACCAAGUGCCACUUCAUCAUGCUGAAGGGCAAAUUCCUUCUCUGCCACAUCCGCCAUCCUCGUCGUCCACAUCGAACGCACCCCAGCAACAGCAGCCACUGUCCAUGAGCACUGGCCAUCAGAGGACUGCAUCACAGCACUACAUGUCAUCCUCAACUGAAACCAUUCACACCUCCACCUCAAGCUCUAACAAUGGCGUCAGUAGUCAUUCGAAUGGAAACGUAGGCAGUAGUAUGCCCACUAGUGAGUCAGGCAAUGGCAACAGCAGCAGUGGUGGUGGCCAAAUUCUGAGUCAAUUUGAACAGCAGUCGAUUAGUUCUUCUCAAUCGGGUCCCUCGUCAUCUUUGGGCCAGCAGCAACAGCAGCAAAGCUGUUUUGUGUACGUCAAAUGUGAACCAGGUGUGAGCCAGCCAAACACCGUGACACACUACUCUACUGAAGCUGCCAAGCCACUGCCUAGUGUUGAGCAGAUGCAAUACGAAGUGCAGACUCAACCUGUUCAACAGCAGUCUCGACUUUUGCUCAAUGACCCGAACGCCUUAGGCAGUGGCCACCAACAGUCGACUGGCGAUAACUGUGCUGAACAAACCUACCCUAAAGGGAACAUUCUACUGCAGCAAACGGGUCAAUUUGCACCGCCACCCUCGAGCCUGUCUAUUGCUUCAGGAGCUAACAGCAGUUUGGCAGUGGCCAGCAUCAGCGGCAACAACGUCUCCUGCUACCCAACCUCAGGCGUGAGCAGCUCAAUUCAAAGUGGAUCUCAGUACAGCGGUCGCAUUCAGCAGGUGGUCUCCUCGACGGCCAGCGUCGUUUCCUCUCAGGGGCAGAUCUUUUUCAACGCUGCAGCGGCGGCGACCGGCAACCUUCGCCUGCUUCAUGAUCCAAACAUGAACUACUCCAUUUUGUCACUUGAACCGGCAACCAUUCAACAGGGUCGAUCACUGCAGGCACACCAACAACAGCAGCAGCAGCCAGCACAGGCAGUAAAGACGGUGACGCAGAAAAUCAUGCUACAUUCCGUGCCCUCAUCGGAGAGCAACGAGUCCAGUGGCACUGGCAGUCCCGCAGUGACGCCCACUGCCGCCCCGGCUGCUACGCUCAUUUCGCUGAACCCCAAGUUUGCACUGCCAGGCGGCAUUCACCAAGGUCAGAUGGCAGCGCUGGCAGCCACUGCUCUGCCGACGCUCAACAACGGUCCCGGUGGUGGAAUGGUGCCCGGACAGCAUCUGCCCACCCAUGGCAUCAUUCUCUCGUCGGUUCCACUGGGCGGCGGCAACCACAUUCCCGGGUCGCAGGCGUCACGCUCUGUGGCCAACUUUGUGCCCAUACCCGUGGUGACCAGUGCCAUCACUCAGGCUGCACUGGCUGCUGCCGGGGGUGCUGGUGCUGGUGGAGUGCCUCGGUCGCAACACCUCACCAUCUCACAGGCCGCACUGGGUCACUUUGUACAGCAGCCCUCGGUGCAGCAGUUUGCUGCCGUCGCUGCUGCCUCCACUGGCCACUCGCAACCCUCAACAGCUGGCACCAUCAUCUCCAACCUUUCACUCCCGAGCACAUCAGCUGCGCCCCCUCCGCUGGCUACUAAAUCCACAAAAGCGCCCUCAAAGAGCGCCUCCAAAGGUGGCUCAAAGAGUGCAAACACUUUAAGCAGUGUGUCUAUUGCAGGAAAAAACAUCCAUCCACCGCCGAUCAUUUCGGAGGACCCUGCAAAACCGUUCAAGUGUGUGCUUUGUGGAAAGAAUUUGGCCUCAAAGAACGUUUACCAAUUGCAUUUAAGAUCGCACUCGGGUGAAAAGCCUUUUUCCUGUCACCUGUGCAAUAAUCGAUUCUCGCAAAAAACCUCACUCACUAGACACAUGAGAUCUCACACCGGAGAAAGACCAUUUCCUUGUCAGAUUUGCAAUAAGAGAUUUGCUGAUAAAGAGCGAAUUAAAAUUCACAUGCGAAUACACACUGGCGAAAAGCCAUUUUCCUGUACCAUUUGUGGCAAAAAGUUUUCUCAGAAAUCAACUGUGAAACGUCAUAUGAGCGUUCAUACAGGCGUUAAACCAUUCAAGUGUGAAAUCUGUGGCAAGGGCUUUGCCAAUCGAGGCAAUCUGACGGCUCACACAAAAACUCAUCAAUCGCAACAGGCAAACCAGCGAGGCAGCGGCAACCAAGCGAGCACCAGCAGUAGUGCCACCAAUAAUAAUGCCAAUUCUAAUAACAACCAACAACAACAGCAGCAGCAACAGCAAGCGGCAGCUUCCCUGUCACGACAGGUUCCCUUUGCAAGUCCGACCAUUGCCAGCGUAGUGUCCAACAAUGGCGUUCGAGUGGUGAUCAAGACAGAGUUGGACGAUGUGCCCCUGGACAGCAAGAGCAAUCUAAAUAUUCCGCAUAAUCACCAGUUCACAG